AUCACUAACACGCGGUGUUCAUUGUGAAGGACACAUCGCCUAUUACGCAGUUCGGAAUCGGACACACAGCACGCCUGUUUGAUUAUAAUAAGAAGAGACCGAGCCGGCGAGCUUCAGUUCGAAUCGAAAUGCAUCGCUGGGUAGGCAAAGUUGCUCUCCUCACUGAGAUGGCCGAGGGUGCUGGACCCUCACUGGCCAAACACCUCGUCAACAGAGGCGUCCGCGUCAUUGGAUUGGCGAAAAGGGUUGAUAAUUUGGGGAGCUCCGGCCAGCACGGCCAAGUCCCGGGCGGCUCCGGCGGAACCCUUUACGCUCACAAUUGCGACAUCACAAAAGGCGAGGACAUUAUGCGCGUCCUGAGGUGGACCCGUGCCCGACUCGGGGGUGUGGACAUUCUCAUCAACAAUGCACAGGCACAUAAAGACACGGAGCUGAUGAACCCGCGCACCAUUUCGCCUUACUUGCACUGCGCCUUCAUGACCGAGGUUUUGCGGGACAUGCAGGACUCCAAGGACGAGGGCCACGUCGUCAAUAUCGGCAGUGUGGCUGAUAAGCUCUUCCCGUACUUUGGAAUUUACGAGCACAGACACGCUGGAGACGGCGUCAGCCAGCAUGAAAUCCACCUCGAGGCCGGCAACAAAAUCAAAGUCACAAACAUUGUACCCGACGUUUUAGGAAGCAAGGAUCUUGUUCACAUUUUGGAGGAAGCUCUGCAGCGAUUCCCCCACCAGGAACAAGAGAAGGUCGCCUCGGUCGCUCUGUGAGCCAACACUGAAAUGAACUGCUGCCUUUGAAGAAAGAUACUCCGCACCUAAAAUUUAUAUUUGUAUAAUGACUAUGUAAAUAAUACUUGUAAGGAGAGAACAAACUUUGCUGGAAUUUUGUAUGUCGAGUCUGAGACGGUUUUUUUUAACAAAAUAUUAUGCAAACUCGUAAAUGAAAAAACCAAAAAUACUUUCCUCUCGCUUUUCAUACAAUUCUUCUAGGAAAGAGAAAAAGACUUUACUGUUAACUUUUAGUUCAUAAUGACCCCCUAAAGUGUGUUAAGACUCUUCAUUAAUGCAGAGGAUAAUUUUAAUAAACUCCAAAAAAAUUAAACUGCUGAAAAAGGUAUUU